AUGAGUGCAGGAGACUGGGGAUACCAAUGGGGAUAUCCACCCCCUCUCCCCUAUGGAAAUUUUAACCCGGAAGCCUCCCAGUAUGUCCCUGUAUACUAUCAAGGACAAAUACCACUACAACCACAACCACAACCGCAACCUCAUCCCCAACCUCAACCUCAACCUCAACCUCAACCUCAACUUCAACUUCAACCUCAAUUUCAACCGCAGGCUUCCACGCCCUUCACACCAUUCACGCCCAUCGCCAAUAUACCUAUGAACACUCCUACACCACCACCCGAAACUGACUCUCCUCCCUACUCACCACCUUCCUUCAUAGGAUCUCAGGCAUCUCGCUCACAAAGCCCAGCAAUCAUUAACGGCAAUGGCGCAAGGCCGGGCAAACAUCCCAAAUCCAAGAAAUCAAAGAAGGGUAGGGACGAUAAAGUCCAACCAUCUGCGGCGUCAGGUGGUGUCCCAGAUCCAUCUCCAGAGUAUCUGAGACUGGCGGCGUAUCCGCCCUUCCAGUUGCCAUACGCGCGCAAGAUCCUCGUGGUUAUCGACCUCAACGGAACGCUGCUGUACCGACCCAGCCGACACAACCCUACGGCCUUCAUAGAGCGCCCCCAUGCCCGCACCUUCCUGCGAUACUGCAUUGAUACCUUCAAAGUAGUUAUCUGGUCUUCAGCAAAGCCAAACAAUGUGACCAGAAUGUGUGAGCAACUCCUCACGCCUGAGCAGCGCUCACGUGUUGUUGCUGUCUGGGGACGUGACCACUUUGGUUUGACACAAGAAGACUACUACCUGCGAGUUCUCUGUUAUAAGCGUCUAAGUGCACUAUGGGCUGACCCCGAAGUUGCAGCCAGCCAUCCAGAGUUUGCAGAAGGAAAGCGCUGGAGCCAGGCUGAUACGGUACUAGUGGACGACUCAGCCGAGAAAGCGCGUACUGAACCAUACAAUAUCAUCCAAAUACCCGAGUUCAAGGGUAAUGCAACUGAACAAGGCUUUGUCCUACCCCAGGUGCACGACUACGUCAAUGAAUGUGCGCGCCAGGCUGACAUUAGCACCUAUAUCCGUAAUCAGCCCUUCAAGACGGUUCCGGGUUGGCAGCUUCUCCCUCCUAACCCGGUUGAAUGA